CUUUGAUAAUAGAGAGAUGAUCAUAAUUUCAACUGAACAUGGAACUGCUUGUGUUCAUUUUUGUGGCUGUAACUUCAGUUAUAUCUGACGGGUUGAUCGUUCGCAGUCCCUCUGGUCCUCUGGUUGCUCCUCUGCAAUCUUCAGUGGUUUUACCCUGUUAUGUUGAUAAACCCUUACUAAUGGAGGGUCUGGAGGUGGAAUGGAGAAGAACAGACUCACAGACUCUGGUUCAUCUGUAUGAAGAUGGUGAGAGUCGACCAGAGUCUCAGCAGGAGGAUUAUCAUGAUAGAGCUCAUUUCUUUACUGAUCAGAUUCAACAUGGAAACUUCUCCCUCCGUCUGGACAAUCUGAGAGCUGAAGAUGAAGGACAAUACACAUGUAGAGUUUAUAGUCAGCAGGAUUCUGGAGAAACUGUGGUUGAAAUAAAAGCUGAUAGUGUUGAGCAUUUGCAGGUAUCAGGAUCAGAUGAAUCCAUAUUUGUGUCUGUGGGUGAGGAUGUCAGUCUGAACUGCUCCGUAGACUCUCACAUCACACCUGAACACAUUGAAGAAGUUUCAUGGAAGAAAACAGAUGAAGAUGAAAAUAUUCUGGUUCUUCUUUACCAAAACAAUAAGGCUUUACCAGAUUCAUCAGAUGAGCGAUACAGAGACAGAGUUGAGUUCUUCACUGCUGAAAUCCCCAAAGGAAACUUCUCUCUCAGACUGAAGAGUGUCAGAACUGAGGAUAAAGGAGUUUAUAUGUGUCAUGUGUUUGCUGGAGAACUUUCAGCCAAUGCAACUGUAGUACUGGAGCAACUGGGUUUCUCCAUUUCACACAUAAUGGUGUUGAUUCUCUGUAUUGUUGCAUCUGGAUCUGCACUUCUGCUCUGCUGGCUGAUCUACUGUAGAUCACACAAUGAAGGCACAACUCUGAGACUUCAAGUUUCACUUGCCAUAUGUCCAAACAUUACUCUGUUUUUUACUUUCAUCUUUUGCGGUUUCACUGAAAGAUUUUGGAAUGAGAUAAUCAUUUGUUGUGCUCUUUAUAUUCUGAGGCCUCUUAUGUUGCUAAAUGCUGCGCCAUAUCUAAAUGAUAUUCAAAGCAUUAGAAGAUGGAUAAAGCAUGUGAGUGUUGAUGUUGAAUAUGCAGUUUUCUCAAUAGUUUUUCAUACAGUUAUCUUUGUACGUAUUUGGGGAAUAAGUCUGAAUUAUACAGCAGAAGACAGAAACAUUGUAAUAGGCAUCUUUGCAGUGAUGCUUCUGAUGUGUUCCUGCAUCUUAAUUAAAGGACUGACUACUAUCAGAGAACAAAAUGCAUCUGAAAAUGAUCAGCUGUGUGAAAAGAUUCUUAGCAAAUUAAUAGGUACAGCUGAUUUCUUUUACUAUGCUGUACCUUCAAUGCAGUUUGUGCUCUUGUGUUAUGGUUUUGGAGCUUCAAGAAAUGCGUCCUUAAUUUUGGGACCUUUAAUUAUGGUGACGGUAUUCCGUUGGAAUUAUGUAUGUGAGACAAAGUGCAUGUGUAAACCCAUUAUAUGGAGGACAAUAUGGUUACUUUACAUGUUUGUGUCAAGUUUAGUAAUGGUCUACUUUUACCUUACAACUAUGAAAAGUGAAAAAGAUUAUGUUGGAUGGGCCUGCACUGCUGGGUUUCUCCAUUUAUUAUGGGCAAUGACAUAUUUCCCAUAUAUAUUAGAUGAUAUGGAUUAUCCCCGUAAAAUCUCGGUGUAUCUGUUUGGAUCAGUCGGUGUUGUUUUAGUAAUCUCUGUUGUAAUGAUGACAGAACUGAUACUGAAAACAGUAAAUGGUAAACGUAAAGUGGGGGAUCUGAGAAACAUUGUAUUUCCAUCUGAAAGUGUCUUCGUCUUACUUGCGAUGACUGCACAAUUUUUUAAGUUCUAUAAAACUGAGAGAAGGUCAGAGCCUGCUGCUCAGAACACAGCGGAAGCUCAUGAAACACUUAUGGGACCAAACUCUGGGAUUUCAGACAUGACUUGUUCACAGUGUUGUCAGGAAGCAGCAAGGUCUAAUGACCUUCCAGCUACCAGAUCAAAUGAGAACCAGGAUUCUCAGAAUGCAGAAGGGCUUAAAGAAACUCCUACUAAUAGAUCAAACCUGAACCAGAAAACAGAGGAAUCAUGUGAAAUGAAUCCUCUACUAAAGACUGAAAAUCAGGAGGCUGGUAGGAGUGACGCGACAGAAAUUGAUCCACUGGUCUCACAAAUAUGAUCAAAACUUGAGGAUUUUCUGAAUGUA